UUUAUAAUUUAUGGGUUGUUUAUGGUUUGGUUUUUUCCUAUUCUCUUUUGUUUUCUUUCUCCUUUCAGCAGUGCCACGAAAGCUUGGGGAGGUUGCGCCGUCCCUCAUUGGUAAUUGAGGGGCGGGACUUGUUAGAUUGGUUGGCGGAGGCGGGGACUUGAUCGGGUUUAAAGAUGGCUACAUCAGAGUGGACGGGAGCGCGGUCCGGGGACGGAAGGUAAUCGCGGCGGUUGUUUUAAGGAGGCGUCGGUGGGGCGAUGCGGGCUUUCCCCAAGAGGACCGCGGACGUGAGUGAGCUGAGGUACCAGGCUACAAGUCACGGGUCCGCGGUAUCGAUAGAGGGAUAGCGAGCGCGCAGCCAUAGCGUCUGGGGAGGUAAGAGCAGUGGGAAGGCGACGCAGAUGACGGUGGGGGGAGUGGCCUGGGAUACUGUGCUUAGAACCCGGAAGUAAGGGAAGGUUCCUAACCGGUGGGGUGUAGGACGUAUCCGUUCGGGUUAUAGCCGGGACGGUGUGGUUCCGGGGUUGUUUUGGGCUUUGUUUCCCCCACAGGUCUAAGCUCGCCGCCGUGGGUCGGCUGGCUUGGGAGGCACCGGGUUGGUGCAUAUCGCUGCCAACGGAUUGAGGCGGUGAGCGGCGUACGAGCUACCAGGCUAAGAGAAGGACAGAGGGAAGAGUUUCGGUUAUCUCCCACGGGACCGAGAGAGCUCCGGGAGGAGGUGGACGCGGCCGGAGGGUAGCGGCAUUGCUGAAAAAGGGAUAGUUAAGUUUUGCUUUGUUUAUUUUUUUAUUUUUUGUUGUUUUUGUGGGCCGGACGAGGGAAGUGCGCCGGCCCAGGACUGAGUCUUUAGUUUCUUUUUUUUCAUUUUUGUUUCUUAUUAUUAUUAUUAUUAUUAUUAUUAUUAUUAUUAAUAAUAUUAUUGUUAUUAUUAUUACAUUUUUGUUUGGGGGUUAGGUUUAUGUAGGGGGGACCUUUGCAGGUCACCCUUCGGUUUUGUCCUCUCCUAUGUUAACUGACCUCCUCUCCCCGCUGCAUAAGUGUGCUGUAUAUAAGGGUGCCGUGUGCUGUGCCACUGUGUGAUUAGUUGUAGUGGAUAUUGGGGGAGGUGUGAGUGCGGUGGGGUUGUUUUGGAGUAGUAUUGGGGAAGGAGAAAUAACGCUUGUAGUGGUAGUGUGAUUUACCUGUUGGUGGGGGGGGGGAGGUGGUUGUUGCCUGGGAGUUUGGAGUAUCUGUAACCGAGCCCCAAAUAAAUCUGUGCCAGUUUACCCAGUUGUUUGCCCCAUUGUGUCAUUGCCCCAGGAGAUCCUAAAGGGUGUGUGGGUAGCAUUGUGCUGUGUGAAAGGGUUAAGGGGAAGAAUUAAAGACUCAGUACAAAAAUAGUCAUUAAGCAGUGGGGGUCCGACACCCUGGGCCACCACACUGCUUGAAUUUGGCGUAGUCGGCAGGAUCUCCUCGAGCACGACAUGGAUGGGACAGCACCUAGGGUACAGGAGUUGUCAGGGGGGUGGCCAUGGUUUUUGGGGGGGGCUUGGAUGACCCGCUUCGAUGGGUCCGCUAAGGGGACGUAUCAAGAAUGGAGGCGGGUAGUCGGGGUGGGUCUCCGGGCGCAGUCACUCUCUGCAGUCCAACAGGUGGAUUUUGUUCUUAGUGCUUUGGAAGGGGAAGCGAGGCGAGAAGUGGAAUUAUUGAGGGAAAAUCAGCGGGAUACUGCUGAGAAGAUAUUGGAGGCAUUGGAUAGACUUUAUGGGGAGGGUGCCGGGCUGGCCCAGUUGAGGGUUGAGUUUUUUACCUGUCAACAACAGUCUGGGGAAGGGGUGGGUUCGUUCAUCCUCCGUCUCCGGGAGUGUCAUUAUAGAUGGCGGAAGAAGGAACCAGUCCGGGAUGAGGAUGAUGACGACGCUACCCUUCGAAGUCAACUGGUGACUGGCCUCCUAGCGGGGUCGACUAAGAGGGAAUUACAGCGACUUAUUCGACGAGCCAGCCGGUUGACAUUUAUGGAGGCAUGUCGGGAGGUGAAAGAAAUGGAGAAGGAGGAGGGGCCCGGCACCGUAAUGGAAGGUGUGGAUGCCCGGAGGACGUUUCUGCCCCUACCUACUGCAGCCACAGAGCCCGCCACUGCCCCUUCACUUGAUUUGGAAACGUUACGGUCAUCCCUGAGGGAGGACCUUUUGAGGGAGAUGAGUGACCAAGUACGGGAGCUGAAGCAAGUUUUGGAAGGAUGGAGUCAGGUUCGAGAGGGGCAGGCGAGUGCUCCUGGGACCACAUUGGUAGUUCCCCCUUCUCGUCGGCGUGGCCGCACUUAUGCAAGUUCGGGGGGACCUCGUUGGGAUGAACAGGGGCGUCCCAUUUGUCUGCGCUGUGGAGAGGCGGGACAUAUGGUAAGGAGUUGCCCUCGGGGAGAAACGACGGUGGUGAAUAGUCGAGGGGUGCAGCCGGAAGCCAGCAUGUCCACGACGCCUGUUGGGUUGCGGGAGGCGCUGGUGGGGGAGAGCCCGGUUCUGGAAGUGCUGGCAGCUGGAAGGCUGGUACCCUGUAUUCUGGAUACUGGCUCGCAGGUCACUUUGUUUAGUCGUAGUAUAUUUAAUCAGUGUGUGAAGGGUAUUGAGGUCAAGGGGGCGGCUGAAGUCCCAUGGCUAGCCCUUAAAGCAGUGAAUGGGUUGUCCCUCCCGUAUGUGGGCUAUGUGGUGCUGGACUUCACGGUGGCUGGGGUGGAGAUUCCUCAGCGAGGGGUGGUGAUCGUGGAGGACCAGCACCUCCCGGCCCCAUAUGGGAUUUUGGGGAUGAACGUAAUCAGGCAUUGUUGGGAGGUAUUGCAGACACGGGGGGGAGCCCAGGUGUCUUUGUUUCGUUCUGCCCUCCCACAGAGUGACCGGCGAGCCUGGGAUCAGGCUUUCACUGUAUGUCGGCGAUUGGAAGCAGCGGUGAGGGGACCGGUGGUGGAACAGCUUGCCAGAUUGCGGACCGAGAAGCCAUGGGUGUUGAGUCCCGCCACGGAGAAGCUGAUCUGGGCAGACGUGCCCCGGGGGCAUUUGCGAGAUGGGGACCAGGUCCUGGUGGAAGACUAUCGAGGGGGCCAGCAGGAGUGGUGUGUGGCUCGAGCUGUGGCACGAGUAUGUGAGGGGAGAGUGCCACUUCGUAUUUGUAAUCUCCAUCAGUAUCCUGUGGAACUCCCUCCUCGACGUCCACUGGCCCGAGUGGAGAAGAUCACAGCUGGGUGUGUGCAGCCUCAGAAGGAGUUGGUGUUGCGCCAGCCACAGGGGGGGGUGGUUGACGUGGAGGUGCGGCCAGUGGCCGGGGCUUUGCCUGAGCAACUGCACGCCCUGGUGGCUGACAGCACGGGGUUGACCCGUGAGGAGGGUCGGCAGCUGCAGGAACUGUUGGAGCGGUGGCAGAGGGUGUUUGCCCGGGACGAGGAGGACCAUGGUUGUACAGAUGUGGUAUACCAUUGCAUCCCCACGGGGGUGGCGGCUCCCUCGAGGGAACGUUACCGGCCUGUUCCCCCCAGUCUGUAUCCAGAAUUGCGGGAGUUGUUGAAAUCCAUGCUUGAGGGGGGAGUCAUUACAGAGAGUGCUAGUCCCUGGGCUGCCCCGAUAGUGUUAGUCCGUAAGAAGGAUGGCUCCUGGAGGUUUUGUGUAGACUACCGAAAACUGAAUGCUGUGACCCAUAAGGAUGCUUACCCUCUCCCGCGGAUCGAGGAGUCAUUGACAGGGUUGAAAGGGGCAGCCUGGUACUCCACCCUGGACCUGGCAAGUGGAUACUGGCAGGUGGAGGUGCACCCCAACGAUAAAGAAAAGACUGCCUUUACCACACCUAUGGGCCUCUACCAGUUCGAACGGAUGCCCUUUGGUCUGUGCAAUGCACCAGCAACCUUCCAGCGACUGAUGCAGCGGUGUCUGGGUGAGCAGGUUUAUGACUACUUGCUGAUUUAUCUGGACGAUGUGAUUGUUUAUUCUCCCGAUUUUGGGGGGCAUCUGGAACAUUUGGAGAAGGUGUUUGCACGGCUGGAGGCUCACGGUCUUAAGCUUCAGCCAGAGAAGUGUCGGCUGUUCCAACGGGCCGUCCGCUACCUGGGUCAUAUAGUCAGCCGUGAGGGGGUGACCACGGACCCCGAGAAGACGGAGGCAGUACGGGGGUGGCCUCGCCCAGGAACAGUACGGGAAGUGCGGUCUUUCCUGGGGUUUGUGGGGUACUACCGGCGGUUUGUACCGGGGUUUGCUAAAAAAGCAGCUGCGCUCCAUGGGCUGCUGAAAGGUGCUGGCUCCUCGUCAAGACAGAAGAUCGAAUGGACCAAGGAGUGUGAGGAAGCAUUCCAGGCUCUGAAGGAGGCCUUACUUGAAGCCCCGGUACUUGCUUAUGCUGACUAUACCUUGCCAUUUCGCCUGUAUACUGAUGCUAGUCUUCGGGGGUUGGGGGCUGUUUUGACCCAGGUGCAAGGGGGGCAGGAAAGGGUGAUUGCUUAUGCCAGCCGGAGCCUCCAUGAGGCGGAGCGCAAUGAUCAGAACUACAGUGCCUUUAAACUGGAGCUAUUGGCCUUAAAGUGGGCAGUAGUAGAGAAGUUUAAGGACUACUUGUGGGGAGCUAGGUUUGAAGUAUUCACCGAUCAUCGCCCCCUCUUGCAUUUGAAGACUGCCAAAUUGGGGGCUGUGGAGCAAAGGUGGGCGGGUCAGCUGGCAUCAUUUGACUAUGAGUUAAGGCAUAAACCUGGCCGGGAGCACCAGAAUGCGGAUGCCCUGUCGCGACGAUCAGGUAUGGCGGUGGUGGCACAGAUUGGAUCCAUAGAGGAUUGGGCGGAGCGGCAGAGUGAAGAUUCGGCAGUGGCCCAGAUUCGGCAGUGGGUGUUAUCCGGGGAACGUCCAACUGUGAUGGCUGGCCGAACUGUUGGAGGGAUGGGCCGGUGCCUGUUGGAAGAUUGGGAGCUACUGAGAGUGGAUCAAGGGGUGUUGCGGCGUAGAUCCCCAGUGGGAGGUGAAGAGAGCUGGGCUGUGGUGGUUCCGGAGAAACAGCGCCAACAAGUGUGGUUGGAGUAUCAUCGGGCAUUGGGGCAUGCCCGAGGGCGACGGAUGGUCCUGGCCCUGCAAGAGAGGUUCUACUGGCCUGGCAUGCGAAGGGAUGUGGAGCAGAGGCAGCGUGGCUGCCAGGAGUGCCUGAUUGGGAGCCGGGGGAAGGGAGAGCCCCUGCCCCUAGGGGGGAUUAAUACCAGCUACCCCUGGGAGGUGUUGGCGGUGGAUUACCUGUCCAUGGGGCGCCCCGGAGAUACUUACCCAUAUGUGCUGGUCGCCAUUGAUCUGUUUUCCAGGUUCGCUUUUGCAGUACCGACCAGGGAUCAGACAGCCGCGACGGCGGCCAGAGUGAUCUGGGGGGAGGUGAUCCAGCGUUAUGGCUGCCCCGAGCGGCUGCUGUCUGACCAGGGGCCUGCCUUCGAGUCACAGUUGGUGAAAGAACUGUGUGAAGUGUAUGGGUGCCGGAAAGUGAGAACUACUCCUUACCACCCGCAGGGCAAUGGGGCUUGUGAGCGGUGGAACCAAACGCUGCUACGUCUGUUGAACACGCUCUCGGUGCAAGAGCAGGGUCGUUGGGCGGUACAUCUACCGGAGCUGGUGCAGGCCUAUAAUUGCACCCCGCAUAGCAGUACGGGUUUGUCCCCAUUUUGGGUUUUGUUUGGGCGGCAACCUCGGUUACCUAUAGAUCAGCGAUGGGGGACCUGUGAUCUGGCCGGAGGAGAGGCCGGGUCGGAGUGGGUCCGUGGGCAUCGGAGACGAAUGUGGGCAGCCUGCAAGGAAGUGGAAAGGGGAACAGAGCGCCGGCGGCAAGGGGAUCGGCGCUAUCACAAUGUAGGGAAACGUAGAUGGUUGCUGGCCCCAGGGGAUCGUGUUCUGGUGAGGAACUUCCGUCGACGAGCUGGAGGCAAGGUGAGCCCAUAUUGGCAAACUAACCCUUGGGUGGUGGUGCGACAACGGGAUCUGGAGAGCCCAGUGUUCCAGCUGCGGCCGGACGGAAGAGAGGGCCCUCUCCGGACUCUCCAUCGACGGCACCUGCGGCCAUGCCCCCCAGGAUGGAUAUCGGUGACACCGGAGAUGGGGGGUGAGCUACGGAGGGCUGGGGUCUGUCCUCGACCAGGACCGUCUCGUCCCAGGGGUUGGCCUGGUGAUUGGGAAGAGCCAUGGGCUGGGACGGCUGAACAGGUAGUAGAAAGGCGGCUACCGGCGGAGGAUGGGGAGCCGGUUGUGGAGGUUGAGCCAGUUCCGGAGGUUGUGGAGCCCGUGCGUCGAUCCCAGCGAGCCAACUUUGGGAUAAGGCCAGCCCGGUAUAGGGAGUAGGUGCUCGGGGCGAGCCCCCAUUUGGUGGGGGGGAGUGUGGUGUCCCCUGGGAGGGGAAGGGGGAUUUAUAAUUUAUGGGUUGUUUAUGGUUUGGUUUUUUCCUAUUCUCUUUUGUUUUCUUUCUCCUUUCAGCAGUGCCACGAAAGCUUGGGGAGGUUGCGCCGUCCCUCAUUGGUAAUUGAGGGGCGGGACUUGUUAGAUUGGUUGGCGGAGGCGGGGACUUGAUCGGGUUUAAAGAUGGCUACAUCAGAGUGGACGGGAGCGCGGUCCGGGGACGGAAGGUAAUCGCGGCGGUUGUUUUAAGGAGGCGUCGGUGGGGCGAUGCGGGCUUUCCCCAAGAGGACCGCGGACGUGAGUGAGCUGAGGUACCAGGCUACAAGUCACGGGUCCGCGGUAUCGAUAGAGGGAUAGCGAGCGCGCAGCCAUAGCGUCUGGGGAGGUAAGAGCAGUGGGAAGGCGACGCAGAUGACGGUGGGGGGAGUGGCCUGGGAUACUGUGCUUAGAACCCGGAAGUAAGGGAAGGUUCCUAACCGGUGGGGUGUAGGACGUAUCCGUUCGGGUUAUAGCCGGGACGGUGUGGUUCCGGGGUUGUUUUGGGCUUUGUUUCCCCCACAGGUCUAAGCUCGCCGCCGUGGGUCGGCUGGCUUGGGAGGCACCGGGUUGGUGCAUAUCGCUGCCAACGGAUUGAGGCGGUGAGCGGCGUACGAGCUACCAGGCUAAGAGAAGGACAGAGGGAAGAGUUUCGGUUAUCUCCCACGGGACCGAGAGAGCUCCGGGAGGAGGUGGACGCGGCCGGAGGGUAGCGGCAUUGCUGAAAAAGGGAUAGUUAAGUUUUGCUUUGUUUAUUUUUUUAUUUUUUGUUGUUUUUGUGGGCCGGACGAGGGAAGUGCGCCGGCCCAGGACUGAGUCUUUAGUUUCUUUUUUUUCAUUUUUGUUUCUUAUUAUUAUUAUUAUUAUUAUUAUUAUUAUUAUUAAUAAUAUUAUUGUUAUUAUUAUUACAUUUUUGUUUGGGGGUUAGGUUUAUGUAGGGGGGACCUUUGCAGGUCACCCUUCGGUUUUGUCCUCUCCUAUGUUAACUGACCUCCUCUCCCCGCUGCAUAAGUGUGCUGUAUAUAAGGGUGCCGUGUGCUGUGCCACUGUGUGAUUAGUUGUAGUGGAUAUUGGGGGAGGUGUGAGUGCGGUGGGGUUGUUUUGGAGUAGUAUUGGGGAAGGAGAAAUAACGCUUGUAGUGGUAGUGUGAUUUACCUGUUGGUGGGGGGGGGGAGGUGGUUGUUGCCUGGGAGUUUGGAGUAUCUGUAACCGAGCCCCAAAUAAAUCUGUGCCAGUUUACCCAGUUGUUUGCCCCAUUGUGUCAUUGCCCCAGGAGAUCCUAAAGGGUGUGUGGGUAGCAUUGUGCUGUGUGAAAGGGUUAAGGGGAAGAAUUAAAGACU